AUGCCCGCCGUGGCUGCCGAUUCCCUUAGACCAGCUCUAUCCAACAGUGCCCACUCGUCCUUCGAUGGUCAUCCCCGGAAAUCACACGAUAAGGCGCUGACUGCGAGCGGCGUCUUCACAUACACCAACGGCACAGACGUCGACACGGGCCUGACUGACCAUCGAAUCGACCAGUACCGAACUCUCCUCAACGCCAGCCACUCGUCGCUGACCAACGGUCUGCCCAACGGCUCACUGAAAAGGACCGGCUCAAGAACAGGGAGCACGCCCUCAUUGGUGACGCGAGAAGACCGCUCACAGCUGGCCGAGGCACCUUCGAAAUUGUCCAAUGUCGAGAACGUGUCGGAAGAUCGCGCGACCUCGCCCAGCAGAUCACGCGCCCAGACUUCGCCCAACGAUCUCAAGGUCAAUAUUCCCAUGUUGAAAACCGAACAGCACCAGGACUCGACCACCGCCGAUACCGCUGGUACCGAGCCUCUAUCGCCGUCGAGUACCCGACAUGCCCCUCCGCAACGGCUGUCAAACACAGCGCUGCCUCCGAAAAAGAAGGACUCAAAUGAAUUCCCGCAGCUGACACAUCGACAUACUGCUCUCGGAGUGCCCAAAUCAAGCACUGGCAGAACCUCUCGCGACUUUUCAUUCACUGGCGGGCCUUCCGAAGAAGUCCUCCAUGCCAGCGGCCGCUUCUCACCCACCCACGACACGCAUCAGCCUCGACAUAGACGCGCCUCCCUCAGCCUGAUACGAAGAAGUACACGCGCUCACUCCGAUGCCCACAUUGACGAGAUCCCUCCAGAUGAAGAGGCAGCACAUUGGACAGAAGUCGUACGGCAGCAAAGAGCCUCUAAGCGAGCUAGAAGAAGAGAUGACGAUGAUGACAGGGUGAUCGUGGGAAAGAAGGUUGAAGAGGGCCACGUCAACUGGGUCACCGCCUACAACAUGCUCACCGGCAUUCGCUUCACCGUCUCGAGAACAAACGCGAAGAUGGACCGCGAACUGGUCGAGGCCGACUUUGACGCCAAACACAACUUCAGCUUCGAUGUGACCGGCAACGAAUUGACACCCAGCGCAAAGUACGACUUCAAAUUCAAGGACUACAGUCCGUGGGUCUUCCGCCAUUUGCGAGCCGAUUUUGGUCUGGAUCCGGCCGAUUACUUGAUGAGUCUCACCAGCAAAUACAUCCUGUCCGAGCUGGGAAGUCCAGGGAAGAGCGGCAGCUUCUUCUACUUUAGUCGAGACUACAAGUACAUCAUCAAGACCAUCCACCAUGCCGAGCACAAGCUGCUUCGAAGGAUACUGCGCGAAUACUAUCACCACGUCAAGGACAACCCAAAUACCCUCAUGUCCCAGAUCUACGGCCUCCAUCGAGUCAAGAUUCCAUACGGGCGAAAGAUCCAUUUCCUGGUCAUGAACAACCUCUUCCCACCGCAUCGCGAUAUACAUCAGACCUUUGAUCUGAAAGGCAGCACAGUCGGUCGUGACUUCAAGGAGGAGGAACUGGCUGGGAAUCCGCGGGCCACUCUUAAAGACCUGAACUGGCUUCGUCGGGACUACCAUCUCGAAUUCGAUCACCAAAUAAAGCAGCUGUUCAUCGAACAGCUUCAGCGAGAUGUUGCCCUCCUCCAGAAGCUCCAUCUUAUGGACUACUCCUUGCUCGUCGGCAUACAUGACCUCAACAAAGGCAAUGAAGAGAAUCUCCGCGAACAAAACCUGCGAGUAUUCCAGCCUGGCGGACGGCGUGGCGACGGCGGCGAGGAAGAACAGCCGAGCAUGCUUAUGCGGACGCCUUCACGACUGGAGAAUCUGCGAAGGACGAAGGAGCUACGGCUAACCUUGAAGAAGGAGCGGCCAAUGCCUUUCGGCCUGGUCAGCACACAAAUGCCAGAUGAGAUGGAGAGCGGCGACGUGCGGAAAGGUCGUGUUUUCUACAAGGACGAUGGCGGUAUCAGAGCGACGCACGAGGAUGGACAUGCCGGCGAGUUGGUCUAUUACCUCGGUGUGAUCGACUGUCUGACUCAUUACGGCUUCGUAAAACGCCUCGAGCACUUCUGGAAAGGCCUCAGCGCCAACCGCUCGCAAAUCUCACCCGUCCCACCACAGCAAUACGGCGACCGCUUCCUCAACUUCGUCACCGGCAUCACCAUGACCAAAGAAGAAGCCGACCGAAGACGAGAGCGUGGGGAUAGUGCCCUCAGCGAAGUCGCUCCCAUCGGUGUUGCCGUCAGUCAGCGCACCAGCAUCAACACCGGUCCGGUCUCCGCUGGUGCUGGCAAUGCAAGCUCGAGUCUGGACGUCGACCGCACAAACGAGAAACUCGCUGGCCGAAGUCCACCAGGAAGCCCGAUGGCGGUGGAGCAUACAAUGGCGAAAGCGCAGAAGCAGGUCGAGAAAGAGACCGGCAAGGAGGGUCGGAGGCGCAGUGAAGAAGAGAAGCCACAGCGCACGCUCCUUACGGCGGAAGAUGCAAAGAGUAAUACGCUGCUGCCUAUGGUGAGCGAAGAGACUGGUGAAGGCGGGAGUCGGAAUGGUAGCGCGACUGGAAGUGCACGAAGUCGGAGCCACAGUCGAAGUCGUGCGCCCAGUCAGCAGCCGAACCACGUCGAUCAGCAGGACUUUGCUGCAGCAACAUCGUCGUCCGCGGCCGCACCAACACAACCGAAUCACGUCAACGGCAAAUCACCCCAGCACGCUGCGCAAGACAGCUACUACAAAAAGGCUACCACCGAUAACGACGGCGGGAUCCGUAUGGUCUCCCGAACCGACUCCGACGGCCAUCCCGAGACCGAUCUCUUCGGCCACGAGAAGGUGUCUGUCCAGAUGCCUGGGCCGGAACACCCCAUGGGCUAUGACCCAAGCUGGGAGCAUCGCCCUUCCCAGCAAGGCAAAGGUGUACCUGGCUUCGCUGGAGGCGUUAACGGCGCUGCAGACGAUGAGAACGAGGAAGAAGUGGACGAGAAGGCUGACUAUCAAGGCGGUAACGAUGGAAGCAACGGUGGCAGUGACGGCGGGCCAGUGCAGAAGAGAAGAUCGAAACCGCCAAGGAUCAAUUCGGAUAUCAUACCACCCUUUUCGCCGUUGGAUGCCAGCAUCCCAGGGGUUGUUUCGGACGACAAGGCAUACUUUGAGCGCGAUGGCGGCGAUCCCGAGAAGCGGCCUGACGCCAGGUGGUAG